AAUUGGAUCCUUUGCGAUCAAUGUUACCUACAUCUUUUGGCGUACAAAAAAAACAAAGUAUUCAAUUAGAUGUAUUCUCUAAAACGAAACGAAUUGACGAUAAUGAAGAGAAAGGGAUAAAAUUAAAUAUGACUAAUAUAAUUGAACAUCAAAAACAUCAAAAACGAGCAAAAGAAGAUGAAGAUGAGGAUAAGGAUACUUUACCGAUAUCACAUGAAAUAAAAUUGAAUGAUCAUACUAGAAGUGUAUCAGCUUUAGCAUUAGAUCCAGCAGGUGCACGACUUAUUACAGGUGGAUAUGAUUAUGAUGUAAAAUUUUGGGAUUUUGCAGGAAUGGAUUCAACUUUACGUCCAUUUCGAACUAUCAAACCAUCUGGUGAUCAUCAAGUAA